UUAUUUCUGUAGCUUUGAGCUAUCGUGUAGAGCUGGGAGACGUCUCAUUUUAAUCAGAAAUUUGCAGACCACAAUCAUGUCUCAUUAAGAAAAGGUUUGGUUAUUUUUUAGAGUUUCUGAAAAAUUGGUUUUCCGGAAAACCGGGUCUUCAAGAGUCAUGGGCCUGAAUUCUUUUAGGAUAUUUACUACCUCACUGAGGUCUAUCGGUCCAUGUACAAAGCAUUCGAAUCGGAAGUGGGCAUCUCGACAGGUUCCGUCGUAAGUAUAGUGUGUUGAAUAUUUAGAAAAGUAGUAGAUCCUUUUAUAGCUUAAUUUAUGGUAGUCUUUUUCAAGUGAAUAAAACAAACAUUUAUUGUAAUCAUAAAGUAUAUAUUUUGAAUUCUUUUCAGUAAAGCUAUCUACUUUUUUUAUAUAAACAAGAUGACAUGUGUACAUGUUGAAAGAUCUUUUUUUCCUUUUGUUUAUCACAUUUGUUUCCUUGUUUAGAAUUUUUAUUUCACUCAACAACUGAUCCACUGAGUAUUAAUUUUCAAUCGUUUAAACCAAAUUCGAAUGCUAACGUACCAAUUACCAAUCACACAGGAUGUUGUGGAUCAAACACGUCAACAUUAUCGUCACCGAUAUUACCAAUCUAUUAUGAUGGACAUUCAUCUUCGUCAUCUCCAUCAGCAGCAACAGCACCGGCAAAUCAGAUUUCAACUCCUCAUUUAGUUGAUCGUAAUGGUAUGAGCUUCAUGAAUCGUCAUAAUGAACAAUGUAGUGAAUCAUCAAGUCUAAAUCGUCCAACAUCCAUUCAUUUACAAUCUUUUUGUGAUAAUCAAAUGAAUGGCAAUAAUGGUCAAUCAUCCAGUUACAAACAGUGGUUAUCUCCUUCGCCAAGUACAAAAUAUAAUGCUGCUAUUAUUGAUAUUGAAUCGGACAUUUUAUUUAAUGAUUUGUUAAAUUUUAAUACACACAAAAAAGGAUUAUUUGGUAAACGAAUGACACAAGAUGAUUUAUUAUCGUGGUCAAAAGAACCAUUGACGAAACCAAUUUUAAAAACAGUUGAUAAAAUUUUGAAAAAAGAAGCACCAGAAACAUUUAAACAUAUCCUUUUAACAUCAUAUAUGGGUGAUCGAAAAGCAAAACAAACUGUUGCAUCAUUGAACACAUGUUUAGAAUUAACAACGAAAGGUUGGAGCUUGCCUCCAAUUCGUGAUGAGUUAUAUCUACAAUUAAUUAAACAAACUAGUUAUAACAUAUCAGCGGAAAGUCUGCAACGUGGAUGGGAAUUAAUGGGUAAAAAUUUUUUAAUUUAA